GCGCUAUGCAAUAUUGACUGAUCCUAAGUCCAACAAGUUUGAAGUAUUGGUCGACAGAGUAAACGGAGCAUUUUUUCUCACAAAGGGAUGGAAAGCGAUUCGUGACUUUUACGGAAUCAAUCUUGGUGCCUGGAUUACCUUGGUUUUUGUGGGUGACGGACAAUUUGAUAUACAGUUGACUGAUAGGUUUCACAAGAGUAUCCCCUACCCGGUUUUUGAUCCCCCUAUGCAUUUCCUUCUUGACAAGAUGAAUUUGCAAGCAACUUUCGAUGACUAUCUCCCCCCAAUAACAUCUCUUCUCGCUUAUCAUCACAAUAUCACUGACAUGGUUCUUGAAUUCAAAAAAAAAUUAACUGAGUAUGAUGUUACUAAAGGUUGCAUGAUUCUACUUUACACCGGCAAUGUUCCGCAGAUGCUUGAUACACUCUUAACAACUGUGAAUAUUAUCGAUGAUUGCGGUAACAGAUGGGUUUGUGAGCUAACUUUUGCAACUUUUCCUUAUGAACACUUCAAGAUAGGACGGCGUUGGAAUAGGUUUGUGGAAGCUCGCAGGCUCCGUGAAGGUGUGAAGAUCAGAGGGGGUGCUCCGAUGGUUGGGUCACAUGAUACCAUCUACCUUGAUGUUAUUUACAAUUAGUCCAUGUUUAGAUAAAUUGUGCAACACCUUU